UGACAUCCUGGUAGCUGUUGUUUUGUCACACAGACCUGGCAACCCUGACUCAGCUCUACUUCGUCACACUGGAGUCACUCUCUGAGGAGGUUGCUCAGAAUGCUGUCUUUAGUCAUUAUUGCAGGCCUUCUGGCGUUUGCCUCAGGUAAACCAUGUGAUACCGAAGGAUCCAAUCGUGAGUUGUCCCUCUCACUCAAUAAGAAUCUCCUUCGCUCUCUGGAAACACAAGAAGGACUCCCCAAUCCCAGUGUCCACUUAGCUUUACGGCUUUCUGAUUAUCACAACCUCGCCAAGGAGAGUGCAUACCUGAACAGACUGAAGAGUGAAUUGCACAAUGACAUUCAAAGCUCUAUCUCUAACAGCCAGUCAGUUGUUGGCCUCUUAGCGCUUUACACUCUGGCUCUGAAGUCCUCCUGCUAUGACCUCAACACAGUCACUUUCACAGUCAGUGAGAAGAGUGAGACGCUGCUCACACACCUAAAGGAGCAGAUGGAAGACGAAAAAGAGCAUAUUGCAUUCAGCCAACGCCCUUUGACCAACUAUUACCAGUACUCUCUGGGAAUGCUUGCCCUUUGCACGAGCGGCCUCAGGGUCAACAACCAUGUCAGCAACAAGCUCAUCAAGGCUGUAGAACACGAUCACUUCAACCAUGCAGACUCUGAGAGUAUAGAUACCAUCGCCAUGGCUGGAUUGGCGCUCCAGUGUUUGAAGGAAUCAGGUUCUCAUGUGCAGAACGCUGCUGAGCUCAACACAGCCCUCGGCAAGAUCAAGCAGAAGCUCUUGGCCUCUCGUGGUACCGACGGGCAUAUAGGCAACGAGUUCAGCACAGGCCUCGCAGUGCAAGCCUUAAUAGCAAUGGGCAGCCAUGUUGCAGAGUGCGCCGCCUCAAUGGAGGCCAUGAGGACCGGUGCCAGAAGCAACACAUACAACAACCCCAUGGCCAUCUCCCAGAUCCUUCCAGCUCUCCAGCAGAAAUCAUACAUGGCAGUUAAAAGCAAGCAGUGCCUCAAUGAGGACGACACGCUGGUGCUGGAGCCCAUAGAUCCUGUGGUGGUUUUAGCGCGUGAGUCCAAGGUGACUGUGAUGGUGGAGGUGGUGGCAUCCAGCGGGGCAGCUGCGAUUUACUCUGUGGAUGCACCAUUGGGUAGCUCUCUGUUGGAUGCCCUUGCACUUCUCAAGGGCAAACAUGUUGGCUUCACGUUUGAGAAGGAGUCCAGCCUGUGGGGACCCUUCUUAAGUAUGGUCAACGGAGAGCAGGCCAGACAGAGCGACCGCAGAUACUGGCACCUCUCCUCUGAUGGCACUGCACUCAGUCAGGGUGUCAAUGAUUUCAGGAUUGAGUCUGCUCAAAAGAUAACCAUAAAAAACACGAGCUACUAGUGAGUCGGUGCUAAUGCAACAGUGGCUGAAGAUCAAAGGCAUUUCAAUCAGGACUUUUUUUUCUAUUUGAUGUUUUAACCAGUGAUUCUACUUAAUUGGUUUCACAGGAUUUUUGCAUUUCAAGGUUUGAAGCUUGAAUAAAAGGGUAAUUUAGAACUAAUUGAACUCGCAUUGCUGGGAAUAUUCCAAGUUUAGUCUGUCAAUUAUAAAGCCGUUUCCUAAUGAAUGUGUGCGUGUGUUUGAUUGUGCUUAUAUAAACAAAUAAAAAAAUGUGUAAUGGAUUUUUAAA